AUGGACCCCGCCAGGAAAGCAGGUGCCCAGGCUGUGAUCUGGAACGCAGGCUGGCUGCUGCUGCUGCUUUGCGGAGGAGCGCAGGCCCUGGAGUGCUACAGUUGCGUGCAGAAAGCAGAUGACGGAUGCUCCCCACACAAGAUGAAGACGGUGAAGUGCGCGCCAGGCGUGGACGUCUGCACCGAGGCCGUCGGGGCGGUGGAGACCAUUCACGGACAAUUCUCGAUGGCAGUGCGGGGUUGCGGUUCGGGACUCCCCGGCAAGAAUGACCGCGGCCUGGAUCUUCACGGGCUUCUGGCGUUCAUCCAGCUGCAGCAAUGCGCUCAGGACCGCUGCAACGCCAAGCUCAACCUCACCUCGCGGGCGCUCGACCCAGCAGGUAAUGAGAGUGCAUACCCGCCCAACGGCGUGGAGUGCUACAGCUGUGUGGGCCUGAGCCGCGAGGCGUGCCAGGGUACAUCGCCGCCGGUCGUGAGCUGCUACAACGCCAGCGAGCAUGUCUACAAUGGAUGCUUCGACGGCAACGUCACCUUGACGGCAGCUAAUGUGACCGUGUCCUUGCCUGUCCGGGGCUGUGUCCAGGAUGAAUUCUGCACUCGGGAUGGAGUAACAGGCCCAGGGUUCACGCUCAGUGGCUCCUGCUGCCAGGGGUCCCGCUGUAACUCUGACCUCCGCAACAAGACCUACUUCUUCCCUCGAAUCCCACCCCUUGUCCGGCUGCCCCCUCCAGAGCCCACGACUGUGGCCUCAACCAUAUCUGUGGCCUCAACCACGUCUGUCACCACCUCUACCUCGGCCCCGGUGAGACCCACAUCCACCACCAAACCCAUGCCAGCCCCAACCAGUCAGACUCCGAGACAGGGAGUAGAACACGAGGCCUCCCAGGAUGAGGAGCCCGGAUUGACUGGAGGUGCCGCUGGCCACCAGGACCGCAGCAAUUCGGGGCAGUAUCCUGCAAAAGGGGGGCCCCAGCAGCCCCAUAAUAGAGGCGGUGUGGCUCCCAUGGCUGGAUUGGCAGCCCUUCUGUUGGCCGUGGCUACUACUGGUGUCCUGCUGUGAGCUUCUCCACCUGGAAAUUUCCCUCUCACCUACUUCUCUGGCCCUAGGUACUCCCUCUUCCCAAAACUUCCUGUUUCCAUCACUGGACUGGGCUGGCCCAGGCCCUGUUUUUCCAACAUUCCCCAGUAUCCCCAGCUUCUGCUGCACUGGUUUGCGGCUUCGGGAAAUAAAAUACUGUUGUAUAUAUCCUGCCAGGGGUGUUCUAGCUUUUUAGGGACAGCACCUGUAUUCUUCUCAUCCUUGUCUCUCCGCUUGUCCUCUUGUGAUGUUAGGACAGAGUGAGAGAAGUCUGCUGUCACAGGGAAGGUGAGAGAGAGGAUGCUAAGCUUCCUACUCACUUUCUUCUUGCCAGCCUGGACUUUGGAGCGUAGGGUGAGUGGGACAAUGGCUCCCCACUCUAAGCACUGCCUCCCCUACUCCCCCCAUCUUUGGGGAAUCGGUUCCCCGUUUGUCUUCCUUACUAGACUGUGAGCUCCUCGAGGGCAGGAACCAUGCCUUAUGCCUGUGUGUGAUCAGUUUCUGGCACACAAAUGCCUCAAUAAAGAUUUAAUGACUUUGUA